AUGUGUUUCAUUCGAAAGCAUCAGGCAAUUGCAAAAAUAAGCAAAACACAACAAAUUCCAAAUAUUCUUUAUAAAUGUGUUAUCACAAUUUUUAUAGUCAUUCCAUUUUUUAUAUUUGCAUUCUACUAUUAUUCUGGAUUAUCACAUAAUGAACAACUUGAAUAUAUUUCGAAAAAUUAUCCAGAAUAUCUUCAUGAUUUUCAAAAUCUUCGAGAUUUUUUUGUUGGAGUUCCGAAUUCAAAAAUAUUCUUAUUUUUUAUUUUUAUAUUGAUAUCCGAAACAAUAUCAGUAAAUAUAUCAAUUUAUACAACAAUUCAAAUGUUUCGAUUACUUCGAGAUUUUCGACAUUGUUUAUCAAAUGAUAAUUAUAAUAAACAUCGAAAUGCAAUCAAAAGCCUUUUGGCACAAUUUUGUAUUUCAUUUAUGACAACUCUUCCACCAUUGGAAAUUAUUGCAAGUUAUUUUCUGAAUUUUCAACAAAAUGCUCAAUUAUUUUCUCAUAUCAGUUUAAUGGUUUAUGCAACACAUUCUGUUAUUAAUAUUAUUGUUUGUGUUAUUAGUUUUCCUGCAUAUCGAAAAUUCACAUUUGGAUUAUUUAGGAAGAAAACUGAAAAAUUCAGAACCACAAUUGGUGUUUCAAUAUUGUUAUAA